AUGGCUGAGACUACGGUAAAGAUUGAAGGGUUAUUAGGAAUGCUAACAGUAAAGCUAGGUGAUGAUAAUUUUGUUAAGUGGGGUUAUCAGUUUCAAUCAGUACUAAUAGGAUAUGAUCUAUUUGAUUUCUUCAAUGGUGAAUUUGUUUGUCCACCAAAAUUUGUGAUUGAUACAGAAUCGGGAGUUACAAAAGAAAUUACUUUGGCUUAUAAAGAAUGGGUUAAAAAGUAUUUAGCAUUGCUCAGUUUAUUGAUUCUUACGUUAACUGAUGAUGCUAUGGAUCAUGUAAUUGGAUGUAAAACAUCUCGUGAGGCUUGGACAGUUUUGCAAGAAAGAUAUGGGUCAGUUUCAAGAGUUCGAAUUAAUCAGUUGAAAACUGAGUUUCACACUGCACAGAAAGGUAGGGAAACUGUGGAUAAGUUCUUGUUAAGAUUGAAAACCAUAAGGAAGCAGUUGGUGUCUGCAGGAGAGAAAAUUACGGACAAUGAUUACAUAAUUGCAGUGUUGACUGGUUUGCCAACUGAGUUUGAAAUGAUCAAAACUGUAAUUUUGGCAAGGGAAACACCAAUUUCUAUGAAAGAUUUUAGGGUACAAUUGUUGAGUGCAGAAGGAACAAUUGAUGCAAGGAUUCAAUCUGUAACAUCCUCUAUGUCUGCAAUGUAUGUCAAUGGUGUAAAUUCUGAUAAUCAAAGGUUCCAAGGUGGUUUUGAACAGGGAGAAAGUUCGAAUGCUUAA